GCAAUAUCAGGCACCUGCUCCAUUGGCGCAAACAGCCGUGCCUGACAUUGGCUACUGCAGACACCGCCUCUUUGACCUGUCUGUGAAACCCUGACGGCUCUUGCGAGCGCCUCCUUUGCCUGUUCAUCCCGAGCUACUACCUACCAGCCGUCAGCUGGACCCCCACACUCAGCCUGGCUCGUGAGCGGGAGCGUUACUCCAUCCCCCGUUCGCACUAUUUAAGUACCUCUACUAUCCUAGGUAGGUGAUCCAACCAUUACCGUUGACGUAUUUGUUCCGUUCGUCGCUCUGCUUCCCGAAUUACUCUUUGUCAAAAAGUCUCCGCUUUGAUCUGCAACCGAUUGUUUCUAUAUAAGCACGUAAAAGUCUUAACUCAACAAUAUUUUUGGUUACCAUGUCACCACUCCUUGACGCACCUUCCACCCCAGAUAGCUACUCCUACUCCGACGAGCCUUACCAGCCCGUUCAAUCAGCGUACACAAUGAGCAACAACUCCAGCAACCGACCCCUUGUACCGGGGAUAUACGUUCCGACUGUAGCAUUCUUCGACCCAGCAACAGAUGACGUAGAUGUCGAAACCAUUGCCAGCCACGCAGUCCGUCUCGCAAAAGCUGGUGUUGCCGGUAUCACAACACAAGGCUCCAAUGGCGAGGCCGUCCAUCUAUCCCACAAGGAGCGUAAUCUCAUCACCAGCACAACCCGCCAAGCCCUCGAUGCUGCUGGAUUCGAGAACAUGCCUGUGAUUGUCGGCUGUGGUGUCCAAUCAACACGGGAGUGCAUUGAGCUCUGCGAAGAAGCAGCCUCCGCUGGCGGAGACUACGCGCUGGUUCUUCCUCCCGCGUACUACCAGGGCCUGUUUUCCAAAGAUACAAUCAAGGAAUUCUUCAAGGAUGUUGCCACGGCUUCUCCAAUCCCGAUCUUGAUCUACAACUACCCCGGUGCUGUUUCGGGCCUGGAUCUCAACUCGGAUGUCAUCAUUGAGCUAGCACAGCACCCCAAUAUUGUGGGCUGCAAGCUGACUUGUGGCAACACCGGAAAGCUCAACCGAGUUGCCGCAGCCACAAACGCAGCCACAGUCUCCAGCCCUGGAUCAGGCUUCAUGUGCAUGGGCGGCUCCGUCGACUUUACCCUGCAGACGCUUGUUGGUGGAGGAUCCGGCAUCAUCGGCGGCACGGCAAACAUUGCGCCAAAGACCUGCGUCAAACUGGUCGAGCUUUUCAAAUCUGGCAAGCUCGCGGAAGCUCAAAAGGUGCAGGCCAUUGUUGCCCGUGGCGAUUGGGCGGCAAUUCAGGGCGGCAUUAUCGGCACCAAGGCUGGCCUUGUUGCGCACUUUGGGUAUGGAGGAUAUGCUCGCAAGCCGCUUCCCAGACCAUCGAAAGAGGAGACGAACAAGUGGCGAGAAGCGUUUGAUGAGCUUGUCAAGACCGAGAACUCUUUGUGAGAUCACUCGCGUGUUUUGGACCGCAUUUCGACUUGGUGUAGCUAUAUUCGAGCGUCAUGCAUUCAUGUCAGAUUGCUUUUGCAUAGCAACGGUGGGCGGUCUUUUGUAGCACUUCAGCGUCUCAUACAUUUUCAAUUAAGAUUAUUGUUCCUA